AUGGAUAAUAAAAUGGAAAUAGAUUUGAAAGGAAAAGUGGCGAUAGUGACUGGGGCUAGUUCAGGCAUUGGAGCAGCAACUGCAAUAGCAUUCGCUAAGCAUGGAGCCAAGCUGUCUUUAGUGGGACGUGAUGAGGUGAGGUUGCUACAGACAGUAAACAAAUGUGUGGAAGUGAGCAACGAAGUGCCAUUGUGGGUGCGACUAGACCUGACACAACCAGGGGCCUGCGAGGCAGUCGUCAACAAGACUGUAGAAACAUAUGGCAAGCUAGACAUAUUAGUGAACAGUGCCGGCAAAGUAGUACUAUCAGACCUCACCGAUGAAUCAAUGGAGAAACUAGAUGACUUGAUGAACUUAAACUUCAGAGUACCGUAUCGUUUAACACAGUUGUCGUUACGUCACUUAGAAAAGACGAAGGGGAACAUAGUAAAUAUUGGAAGUUCGAUGUCGAAGCGAGGUUUGCCUGGAACAUUGGGAUAUACUCUAUCCAAAGAAGCACUGCAGACGUUUAGUAGACAAGCCGUUUUAGAAUUAGCACCUUUAGGAGUGAGGAUAAAUUGUAUAACUCCUGGGCCUUCAAGAACAAAUAUUCGAGCUCCUCUAAUCGUGAACAAUCCUCAUUUGCUAGCCGAUUUAAGUGCAGCUUACGCUCAAUAUCUUGAUAAUGGCAUGGUUUUGGAUCCAAAUGAAAUUGCCACAUUGAUAUGUUGGACAGCGAGUGAUAUGUUUCCUAAUUUGAAUGGUGCUGACAUGCUAUUGGACGGAGCACAUUGUAUGGCUUUUUCGACAUAA